AUUCACCCUGCACAACUCCAUCGUUGUGCGUCAACGUAGAGCCCACUAAUUAAGCAUCAGCUUCUCGCGGAGAACUGAGAACACCGUAAUAUAUGGCAUAGGCCUGCGGAGGGAGGGGUCUUGGUGGUGCUGGGUUACCGGAAGGCUCCGUACCGCCGCUGAAUGGAAUCCGGCUGUGUCCGAAAAGCAAUGGCUAUGGGUUUGACAUCGAAAAAGGCAUCUUCUCGGAGCGUCGGCGUGGAGCGAAAAAAUCUCAUCACCGUAUGCAGAUUCUCGGUGAAGACCCUCCUGGAAAAGUACACAGCCGAGCCCAUCGAUGACUCAUCCGAGGAGUUUGUCAACUUCGCUGCAAUCUUGGAACACAUCCUCAGCCACCGCUUCAAAGGUCCAGGAAGCUGGUUCAUCUCAGAUGGCCAGCGAAGUUUCUGGGACUACAUCCGGCUGGCAUGCAGCAAGGUGCAGAACAACUGCAUCGCCAGCAUCGAAAACAUUGAGAACAUCAGCACCUCACGAGCCAAGGGUCGGGCAUGGAUCCGUGUGGCGCUGAUGGAGAAGCGUCUGUCUGAGUAUGUGGCCACAGCCCUGAGGGACACACGGACAACCAGGAGGUUCUAUGAUGAUGGAGCCAUUAUACUGAGAGAGGAGGCCACUGUUCUGACAGGCAUGCUCAUUGGCCUCAGUGCCAUAGACUUCAGUUUUUGCUUGAAGGGGGAGGCGCUGGAUGGUAAGUCCCCUGCAGUGAUUGACUUCACACCUUACCUGAAGUUCACUCAGAGCUAUGACUACCUGAGUGAUGAGGAUGACCGGUGCAGUGUGGACAGCAGUGCCAGUGACGAAAGUGUCCCAGAACACCCUUACAUCCCUCUGGUCACCGACGAGGAGAGCUGGAGGAACAAGUGUCGCAAGAUGGAGCAGAGGUUUAAGAUCGUGUACGCACAGAAGGGCUACCUGGAGGAGCUGGUGCGUCUGCGGGAGUCCCAGCUGAAGAACGUGGAGACGGAGAACAAGAAGCUGAGUGCCAGGCUGGAGGAGCUCAGAGUCCAGAGCCUGCAGGAGAAGAAGGAGCUGGAGUCCAUCGUACUGGAGCUGCAGGCACAACUCACUGCCCUCAUCCCCUGUGAUUCCUCCCACCUGACUAAGGAUCUGUCCAUCCCUCUGGUCAACCAGUGGCCCUCCAUACGAGGCUACAACAACCAGGGGGACGUCAAGCUCUUCCGCAGGAGAAGCUUCCACAGUUUGGAGCAGCUCUCAGCUGACAUCAGUCUGAACUCUGAUUCCCAGAAGACCGAUGGGCAACAGAACGGAGAUACAGGAAAAGACUACACCCCUUCUAUGCUGGGUCUCUGUGGCUCUCUGGCCUCUACCCCCAGCUGCAAGUCCAUGUCCAGCCUCAAGUCCAGUGAGUGUCUGGUCAACAUCAGCAUGGAACCCAGCCCUGCACUCUCCCCCAGCUAGGGGGCGCCAUGCCAACAGAGCUCUGUCUGCCCAGCGCAAAGCCAACAACACCCGCCUGCCUCAACCUGGAGACACUCAAUAGAUCAUGAACAUCUACCUACCUACAUACUGCCACUAUUAACACAGUUACCAACAAAACCCUUUUUCAACCAAACCCUUCUCCCACCAAAUUCACCCACUGCUUCAUGUCUGCAAAGAUUAGAGGGGGAAAAGCUCUUCAAUAUUUCUUGAUUUUUGUGUGGAUUGAAUUAAAGUUAUAAUGAAAC